UACAAGUCCUUCACAGGAGUAUGACCAGUCAGUAUCAGUUGCUGGCCCUUCAAAUCAUGGACCUGAUGAAUCAAGUCAGCACCAGUCAAAAAUUCAUAAAGAAGUUAAUGAGACAACCCCUAAAAAGACUGAGUCAGGUUUUGUGAAGGCUCCAUCAUCGCCCGAAUCUGACGAUGAAGGACAGAUAUGUUCCAUAUGCUUUGAACCCUGGGCUAAUUCUGGAGCUCAUCGUCUGGCAUCUUUGAAAUGUGGACAUAUUUUUGGAACUCCUGUAUUGAGCGAUGGUUAAAAGGUCAAGGAGGAAAAUGUCCUCAGUGUAAUGCUAAAGCAACCAGGAAAGACAUAAGAGUACUUUAUGCUAAAUCACUGAAGGUUAUUGAUACUUCAGAAAGAGAUCGUGUUAUACGAGAGCUUGAAAAGGAAAGGGAAGCUAGACGAAAACUUGAAUUGGAACAUGCCCAAACAAAACUUCAGUAUGAACUUAAAUCACAGUUAGUGGCAAAAUUGCAGAAUGAACUAAAAAUGUUGAAGAAUGCUACUGCAAAAAGUAAUGUUUCAGCUCCAGAAUUAGGAAUGUCCCAAGGAAUUUCUACUGAAAAUAUGAAUAAAUUAAUAAUACACUCAGCACUAGACAUUGCAAAAGAUGGUGGUUGUCGUGUUAUGGCUUAUAAUGAGUGGUUAAAUAUGGUGGUAGUGUCAAUGCCCAGCCAUGUGAGUAUGUUUCCAGGUUGUGGAGUCAAGAAAAUAAAUAUGCUUGAUAUAAAAAGUGAGAGAUAUAUUCCAGUUCAUACAAAACAGAUAAGAGACAUGGCAUUUAAUCCUGUUAAAAAUGAUUUACUCCUUACAGUUGGGAUGGACAAGCUUGUUAAACUGACAAAUGUCUGCAACAAUGCUCCUGUUGGGUCUUUUACUGCAGAGAGCCCUCUUUGGAGUUGUUGUUGGAAUGCUGAUCAUGCUAAUCAGUUUUUUGUGGGCACUGCAACUGGAUUAGUAUUGAUGUAUGACACUCGAAAUACGGAUGGUCCUAUUAAGACCAUCAAAGUUACCGGUUCGGGGCCAGUAGUGUCUCUGUGUUAUAUUCCUUGGGAAGCUUCUGAAAAUUCUUGCACAGGAGGACUCCUGGUAGCAAGAUUAUCCUCGUGUUCAUUUGUUUUAGUCAAAGAAAAUGAAAUUCAAGAUAAUGCAUUAUUAUUGGAAGGUCCCUUUACAUCAUUGUCCUAUGAAAAAUCCACUCGACAUUUUAUGGUAUCAUGCCGUCCCUGUCAAAAAUAUCCACAUGCUCGACACUUAGUAUGUGAACUUCAGUAUGUUGAUAUGAGUUCAAGUGCAGCAACCAACAAUAAGGUUGUUGCAGCAAAUAUCAUCCAAACAUUUAAAGGGGGCACAACACAAAAGGUACUCUCUCGUUCCUCUAUUGUUGCACAUCCAUUACAAGCUGGUUCUAUAUUGGCUUGUGCAAGUGAUGAAUCAACACAGAGCACUUGCUUGUGGGAUGUGUCUUCAGGAGCUUGUGUCCAGGUGUUAAAGUGCAGAGAGACAGUCAUUGAUAUUUUGCUCUUGAAAAGUAAUCAGAGUGCCUUUUUGGCACUGUUGACCGAUAAAUCUGUCAAGUUUUACAAAUGGGUAGAAUUAUUAAGUUAACCAUCAUUUUUUUUUUUUCAUUAAUUAUUUUAAGUUUUUUAAGUAAAUGGUAUAGGGCUCAUAAUGUAAUGUUUUGUGGUAAAGCAAUACUAAUUUCAACUAAGGUAAUGUAAAUUGAAUUUUAAUUUACCAAAAAAAAUAUUUUUAUUAAAUAAAGAACCAUGAGAUUGUUACUGUUAACUGACAUAGCAGUUGAUGUUUUAUGUACCUGUAUCAAAAAAGAUAAUAUCUUUUAUAAAGAAUAUCUUGAUAUUGUAGAUGCCUCUUUUAUAGAUAUGUUUACGUUUAUGUUAAAUUUUUUCUUUUCCAGCCCUUUAGUUUCACUGAACACUUAGAAAUCUUAUAGUGUGUGAAUGAAAGAUGAAUUUGUAGAACACCUUGGUACUGAAGUAUUAGUUUGUGCUGUAAACUGUAAUAAGGAAUGAAUAUGAUGUUUAAAGACAUGAAUGGUACCAAUAAGUUUAAUGAUUUCUUGAAGAAUCAUGUGUAUAAUUCAAGUAUAGCUGGAAGUUUUAUAUUGGUUAGAACUUUAGUGCAAAAGUGGGAGAAUAAGGACAUUUAUUUAUGCCUAAUCUGACAGUAGCAUUUUCAAGAAACUUUUUAUACCUUUAUGAUUUGCCAAUUGACAAUGUCCUCCACUUGCAUAGUUAGCUAGAUGGGCUGAAAUACUCUUAAUGUAAUUGUAAUAAGUACAAUGUUAAGUUUUAAAAAAGUAAUAGUUUCAUACAGAAAUAAAACUUAGUACCAUUCUUUUAAUAUCUUGUUUUCCUUAACAGAUGCAGUAAUUUAUAUUAAUUUUGAAAAUGACAAUAUUUUAAACUGUCUGUAUUCACAUAAAUUCUAUGGAAGAACAUGUAGAUAGUUAGAAUGUAACCAUACCUAAUUGUAUCAUAUUUUUUUUAUAAUAAUGAAGAAAAUAAAUAACUCCCAUUCUUUAAAGGUGAGGAUAAAAUAUA